CAUUAUUCUUAAAAAGUGCAAAGCCAGUAAAGAAAGAUGAAUUAGGAGAUAGAAAGUGUCAAGAAUUUUUAACAAAAGAACAUUUAAAGGAAAUAUUAGCUAUUUCUCUUAUUACAAUGCAGACAACUG